AUGACACCGCAAUUCAAAUUACUCUACUAUUAAUGAUCUUGAAUCCUAGUGAUUUCAUUCACUAUCUAGCUUCAAGUUUGCAUUCCACGAAUUAGAAUUUCAUUGAUCUUGUUUCUUUUUCUAAUUUACCUAUUUCAGAUUAUAUUGCACGUUAUCGUUUUAUAAUAAUAUUUUAAUAUUAAGAUGUUAUUACCAAUCUAUUCUAAUUGUAUCAUUGUCUCAUCCCUACUGUUGUCCUGUUGAACCUUUCUAAACUUUUUCAUAUAAAUAUUUACUCUAGCAGUUCACGAAGUUGAAAUAAAAUUAUGAAGGAGGCAUAAGGGAAGUGCAUUCUUUAUUUGAAAAAUUAGUAUUUGAGAAAGAAAAAAAAGAAAGAAAUGAACGAAUUACAUUAACUAAUUAACUAAUUAAAGCAGUCGAAUAAAAGUCAGAUUUUGCAGGUUCACUUUUCGUGCCUCAUUUCCAUCGAUCUCUGCUUAUUGCCGUAGCCGCCGCCAAAAAGAACCUGGACUCAGUACACUGUCACCGUUAAAUUUGCGGUUUUCAAUAACUUUGAAUUUUGAGUAUAUCAUUGAUUCAGGUUAAGGUUGAAAGCUAAAAACUAGGCGGAUCUCGAUCUUAUAUGGCUUCUGAGGAUGUGAAGGCGAGCGAAUCAGCGGUGGAGAAAUUUGUGAAUCUCGCUGAAGAGGCGAAGCUAGCUAGACAAGACAUUAGGCCUACAAGCCAUGCCGUUAUCAGUAUCUGCAAAUCACUCGUCGCCGGAGGUGUCGCCGGUGGCCUGUCCCGAACUGCUGUUGCCCCACUGGAACGGCUAAAGAUAUUGCUCCAGGUUCAAAAUCCACAUAGCAUAAAAUACAAUGGGACCAUUUCAGGCUUAAAAUAUAUCUGGAGAACUGAGGGGUUCAAAGGACUGUUCAAGGGCAAUGGCACCAAUUGUGCACGUAUCGUCCCAAACUCAGCAGUCAAGUUCUUCAGCUAUGAGCAAGCCUCCAAGGGUAUACUAUAUCUUUACCAGCAACAAACUGGCAAUGAGGACGCUCAGCUCACUCCCAUACUACGUCUUGGAGCUGGAGCUUGUGCUGGCAUAAUUGCCAUGUCUGCAACUUACCCAAUGGACAUGGUGCGGGGCAGAAUCACUGUGCAGACAGAGAAGUCUCCUUAUCAGUACAGAGGAAUGGUCCAUGCCCUAUCCACCAUACUUCGUGAGGAAGGUCCACGUGCUUUGUAUAAAGGAUGGCUUCCUUCCGUGAUAGGAGUCAUUCCAUAUGUGGGACUUAACUUUGCAGUCUAUGAAUCUCUAAAAGACUGGUUGGUCAAAACAAAACCACUUGGUCUCGUUGAUGAUUCUACUGAGCUUGGUGUUGUUACAAGGCUGGCAUGUGGGGCUGUGGCAGGGACUGUGGGGCAAACUGUUGCUUACCCUCUUGACGUUGUACGCAGAAGGAUGCAGAUGGUGGGUUGGAAAGAUGCUUCAUCCAUCCUUACCGGUGAUGGGAGGAGCAAGGCUCCCCUUGAAUAUUCUGGCAUGAUUGAUACUUUCAGGAAAACUGUUAAGUAUGAGGGCUUCAGGGCCUUGUAUAAGGGUUUGGUGCCCAAUUCAGUGAAGGUUGUCCCUUCAAUAGCUAUUGCUUUUGUGACAUAUGAGCAAGUGAAGGAACUAUUGGGAGUUGAGAUCAAGAUAUCUGACUGAUGAAGACAAGCUCCAAUUUGUUCCCUGCAUAUGAUAAUUUUGUAGGCAAGGAUAGAUAGAGUGAUUAAUAAUGUGGCAGGUUACACCAUUUAAACAGAGCAUUAAUGCUUCUGUUCUAGCUUGUGACGGAAAAUUUAGGAUCUUCUAGUUGUGUUGAUAAUUCCCCUUAGGUUAUCUGCUUGUUGCUUAUCUGAUGUUUGUUGCCAAUAAGCAACUUAUCAAGAAUAGUGGAAUGAAUAAUUUGAAUACCUUGCUAUAGCGAGUGAAAGAAAGCUCAUAGCUGGUGCCUUUUGUUAAUCCUGGUCUCCAUGCAACCAAAGCUUUCUAGUCUUUGUCAGUUCUCAACUA